AUGGAAAGCUUGCAGAGGCAAAGAUUGCACGGCCCUAUCGGUUUUCAGGACUGUAUUUCUGCAGACCAACCCCGAGAAGAUCGCAGCUUCGCCAGCCGGCUUUGCGAAGAAUGCGUCAAAACAUUCAGAUCCAUCCUGAAAGACCUUCCUAGCAGCAGCAACCACUUGCCCAAAGAUAUCUGUCGAAGCUUGGAAAGGAGUGGGGGCUCUUUGAUCCUGUGGGCAGAUGGUCAUGGGAUCCUUUGUGGGAACCUAGACGAUGCUUUGAGAACGUCUCGGUUUCUCCGAAAGACGAUCCUGGACCUCCUAAUAAACGUCAGUCAAACAUUGAUCGAUGGCAUCCUUCCGAACCUGAAUCUAGGGGAUAAGAACGCGAUUCACGCUGGAAGGCUGGUAUCUGCCGUGAAAGAUGCGCGAACAAGUUUACGGAAAGGCUAUGCCAGCCCCGACAGCUCUGACGACUCAGAAGAUGAAGGCAGCGAGGAAUUCGACAUAAUUUUUCCAUCAACACCAAAUUUGAGGACUCUCAACGACAUGACCGACGACAUUUGCUUUGACAUCGAAUGUCUUCUAGACCUUGAUCCUCUUAUCAAGUCACAUUUCGUCGACCCGUCCAAACGCAAGUCUAUCAAACAAGAAUGGUCUUCUAAUGCAAUGAGUCCAAAUCAAUUGUAUCUGGAACGCGUUAGUCGAAGUUUCCCUGAUGCCGCACAGGAUCUGGUUGCCCGACUUGUUAAGGCCUGUUGGGACCGGUUGCGAAGAGUUCAGUCGAAAAUGAGCCAGAAUGCGGCAGUUGACGAGCAGGAAUUCCAAGUCAGAGAUAAUACAUCCCGGCCUGUUUUAUCAAAAAGAGUAUCGGACUUCAUUGCAUCCAGCCUCGGGACAUCCUUGGGAGAUACGGCCUCUUACGCCGAGACGACGAUGUUUUACAGACAGAACUCUGACAAGUCCAUGUCAACUUGCAUACCGCCUCUGCCAGCCGAAGCAAGAAGGGGGGUUCCAUUUGAGUGCGUGGCUUGUGGAGAGAGGAUCCGAAUCUCGGACAAUUCGGCAUGGAAGAGACAUCUGUUUAAUGACCUGAAACCGUGGAUUUGUUAUGAGACGUCGUGCCAAUAUGGCAUCGAACCAUUCUCCUCAGAGGAAGCCUGGGCACAGCAUCUUGCUUCACAGCACGGUUUUCAAAGCGAUUGGCAUUGUCCGCUUUGCCUAGAGCCGAUUGGAGACGGCAAGACGGUCGCACUGAAGCACCUGGCAAACCAUCUUGAAGACAUUUCUCAUUUGGCUUUGCCACCCGGGUUAGACUCAAACAAUGAGUCCGGAAAUGAGAUAUCCCAUGCCAUGAUUCCCACUUCCAAAAAAGCUUCUCAAGGUGCUACUGGCCAGCCCGACGGCAAUGGACAACAAUCUUCAGCUUCAAGACCUAUACGGCAACCGAAACCAGACGUCUCGCCUAAAGCUAAGUCAGCACCCAUCAUAAAGGCAGCCUCCAGGUUGUUCGGUUCUUCUGGAAAGCCUAAGGCACUUUGGAUAUGUGUAAGUGUUAUGAAUUUCAGCAUGGCAUUUUUCGAGAGACUGAUGUCACGUAGUGUAAAUGUGAACAGUCGGGCAUUUCCUUCAGCACCGAUCCAUGUCCCGCUUGCUCACACUUUCACUGUUCGCAUUGCACUUUACAGAAAGUGA